AUGAGCGUCACAGUCCGACACAAGAGCAGAGAAAGGAGCGGAGGGAAAAGAAAGAGGCGCAUUGGACACAUCCCUGAGCGCGUGUCAAAUCUGCAACAGUCUCAAAGUCUGAGGAGGAAGAAGGAACCAAGCUGUCACCCUCCCUCCCUCACCCUCUCUCACCCUCCCUCACCCCUCCCUCACCCCUCGCUCACCCCUCCCUCACCCCUCCCUCACCCCUCUCUCUCGGUGCACACAGCCAGCUCCGGCCUGCAGGCUUCCAUUACCAUAUCACCACAUUUGCAUAAAUCCCAACACUCUUAA